AAAGCGGUUAGUGAACUCAGUAACAGCUGGCCCCCUUUUAGCCCAUUCCUUUCACCUCUGCCCAACACGUUUCAAUGGCGUUAUUUUCUCUUCCCCCUCUCUCUCCUCUUCCUCCGCCAUGGCCGCUUUCUUCUGCCUCUCUUCAACUUCAAACGCGAAUCUCUUUCUCUCGUACGAGAAUGGGAGCUUCUUCAACUUCGUCUAAGUCGACUUCGCAAGUGAUUCAGCAUGUUGCUUCUUCAAAUCCGAAAGUCGUCGUCACCAGAGAACGAGGCAAAAACACCAAGCUCAUUGACGCUCUGGCUGAACAUGGGAUCAAUUGCUUGGAGCUUCCCCUUAUUCAGCAUACACAUGGACCUGACUUGGACAGGCUUGCUUCUGUUUUAAGGGCAGAAACUACGUUUGACUGGAUUGUCAUAACUUCACCUGAAGCUGGUUCAGUUUUUCUUGAGGCAUGGAAGGCAGCAGGAUCCCCAAUCGUUAGGAUAGGUGUCGUUGGUGCUGGUACAGCAAGUAUUUUUAAGAAUAUAAGGCAAUCUCUUGAUGUCGCUUUUGCACCAUCAAUAGCAACAGGCAAAGUUUUGGCUUCUGAGCUUCCAAAGGACGGUGAUAAGAGGUGCACUGUCUUAUAUCCAGCUUCAGUGAAGGCUAGCAAUGAGAUUGAAGAAGGCUUGUCUCGCCGUGGAUUUCAGGUUGUUAGGCUAAAUACAUACACAACUGUACCUGUUGAUCAUGUUGAUCAAAUUGUCUUGGAGAAAGCCCUAUCUGCACCGGUUGUUGCUGUUGCUUCACCUUCUGCAGUACGAACAUGGGUCAAUCUUAUUUCAGAGCCUGAUUCUUGGAGCAACGCUGUUGCCUGUAUUGGGGAAACAACUGCCUCUGCUGCAAAGAGAUUAGGUCUGAGAAAUGUGUAUUUCCCUAUGCAGCCUGGACUUGAUGGAUGGGUUGGUAGCAUCCUCGAAGCCUUAAGAGCUCAGGACAGUUUUUAGGAUUGAAAGAUGUUAAGGUCCCUGUGGAAGCUUCGACACAGAGUAAAGCAGAUGUAGAACCGCAAGCAUUUUUAAUUCAUUGAGGCACAGGCCAUAGUAAGUAAAGAAAGAUUUGCCAAGUAGAAGGGUUGGGAUUUGUAGAAAUUUAGUAUUUUGAAGGUACAUAUCCAUUUGGAGGCUGCCGCACUGCUUUUCAAUGUCAGUAAGAGGAGGCUAUUCAAUUCACAUGAUCAGAAUUUGUACAUGCAUUUUCUCACUGUAAGCCCAUUAUUUUGACUCAAUGUCAGUUGUGUUGAAAUUGAAUGUGGUGCACUUCCACUCCAUGAAAUCUGAUAAGCAGUUAGGAAACUAUCAAUUGAACUUGUAAUCAUAGUUACCGUGCCUUUUAUGCUG